GAGCAUGGAGGCUCCUGCGGGCUCCAGCACCCGGCCCAUGGGCGCGGGAACCCUUGAAGGCGUGGGAAUUCCUCCGGGCCUGCAGACCGACUGUGAGACGCUGCUCAGCCGCUUCCAAGAGAUGGACAGCGUGCGCUUCGAGGACUUCGCGGAGCUCUGGCGCAGCAUGAAGUUCGCGACCAUCUUCUGCGGGAAAAUGAGAAACCUAAAAAAGAACAUGUUUACAAGAGAAGCUCUGGCUUUGGCUUGGUGCUACUUCUUGCCUCCGUACACGUUCCAGAUCAGAGUUGGCGCCUUGUAUCUUCUGUACGGGCUGUACAACACACAGCUAUGCCAGCCGAAACAAAAGAUCAGAGUUGCCUUGAAGGACUGGGAUGAAGUUAUUAAAUUCCAGCAGGACUUGAUAAGCGCCCAGCAUUUCGAUGCAGCUUUUGUGUUCAGGAAGCUUCGGCUCGACAGGGCCUUCCACUUCACAGCCAUGCCCAAGCUGCUCUCAUGUAGAAUGAAGAAAAAAGCUCAACAAGCUGAAGUGACACAAAAAUUUAAGGACCCUAAUGACCGUGUGAUGAAACUUAUUACUUCUGACGUGUUAGAGGAGAUGCUGAAUGUUCACGACCAUUAUCAAAAUAUGAAGCAUGCCAUUUCGGCAGACAAGUCCACGCCAGACCGAGCUCUCAGUCUAGUCAAGGAGGAUUUUUUUGACAACAUUAAGAACAUAGUUUUGGAGCAUCAGGAUUGGCACAAAGAAAGGAAGAAUCCCUCCUUAAAACCGAAACUUAAAGAUGGAGAGGAGGAUGGCGAAGGCCCCUCAGAGGAGCCGGAGAGAUGUGAAAGAGCAGUGUCUUUGGCAAAAAUAAAAGCAAAAGCAUUUUCAGCUGUUGCCCAGGUGUCCAAGUCCAGGAGGCAUCGCCAGUCCAAGCUUGACUCUUCUGACUCGGAUUCUGGGUCUGGACAAGUACAAGGCAAAGCAACUAAGAGAAAGAGAACCAGAGAGCCAGCAGAGCCAGCAGGAAGGAAGCAGCGGCCUUCCAGGAGCAAAGGUGAUGUUCCAAAUGAACGCAAGGAAGAGAAGUCUUUACGCCUGAGUAUGCCUGUAAUUACAGAGGAGGAGGAGGAGAGCUCGGAUGGCCUCAGCAAAGCAGAGUUCACUGCACCGAAGAGGAAGAGAAAACACUGAACCAGGAGACUGGUGGAGUUUAAAUUUCAAGCUUUCCAACAGAAGAAAUGAUAUUUUAUGUUCUAAGCAGGAAGCAGCCAGUGAAGACUAAAUCUGAGAGAGAGCAAGAUCAUUUCUGUGAAAUGGGAGAGCCUGUCAUAGGCCAAGAGUUGGAGUAAAGGUUUACUCUGAAGCUUAGUUUUAACAUUUUUGUUAAAGUUGUAAUUUGAACAAAUUACAUUAUAAUUUGUAACAAAACAAAUUGUAAAUGUGUUAAAUUUGUUAAAAUAGUUAAAGCUUUGUAUGAGUGGAGUUAAAGUUUCUAUUACCUUGUAUAUUUGUGGGUUAAUACUCUUUCCUGAAAGUUUUUGUGCUGUCACCUUAAUGCAGUACUGUAAUGUUUACGAUUCUGUUUUUAAUACAGUAUAUAUAAAUGACUCAUACCUGUCGCCUAAGAAUAGAUUUGGCUGUGGUUUUUGUUGAAGGUUUUGAGUGUUAUGGUUAAAUGCAAUAAAUUUUUUGCCCCCUUGUUUUAU